AUGACUGCACCCUUCUUAUCAUUUCUAUACUUCCCUUCCACACAUUCCAAUAAUCCUCCUCCCACCACCAACACCACCCAUCAUCCUAUCGACGACGAUGAUGACGACUAUAGCAGCAUAUCAAGUGACGAAGGACACUGGCAAUCAUCACCGACUAUUUACGUUGCUAUCAUCACUCGAAGAGACGGCUCAGUGAAAACAAAAUACUUGAAUCCAUCAGCCGUUUCCCACCAUUACAGCAACAUGAGAACACUACGUGGCAGGAAACGGGCAUUCAGUGCAAGCUCGCUGUUUACAAAGAAAUCAACGUUGCAAAAGAAGGCAAAACAUUUGUUGUUGUGGUCGAAACAUGAGGAGGAUCACCAACAAGGCGUUUCAACAUCGCUUGCAGAAAAAAGCUACACUGCCAGUGCAUUCGAAGAGCUACCCAACGAAGUCAUGAUCCGUAUUCUGAUGCAUGUGGAUUCCAGAGAUCUUGCCUAUUUGCAACAAGCAUCCAAAAAGCUAUAUACAUUGUGCCACGACAACCAUGUCUGGUAUCGUUUAUUUUGCGACAAGUUUCAACGACACGACCACAAUCCUGUAUUUUCGCAUUCACAUGAUUAUCGGAAGCUGUACCGUGAGGCAUUGGAACUCCAUCGUCGGUGGCACCAAGGCCAUUCCCAAGUAUCCUAUUUGAACAAAAUGGAUAGCCAUAAGGAUAGUGUAUACAGCAUGGCAUGGAUGAUGGGACAGGAUGGCAUGUUUGCAAGUGCAAGUCGGGAUCGUACCAUCAAGGUGUGGCAAAAGGGGAAAUGCAUGUUGACACGCUCCACGCCUCAUACGGGAAGUAUCUUGUCGAUUGCCACAUCAAGACACUUGGCAGUGACUGGAUCAUCCGAUACAACAUGUACAGUAUGGCGACUCCCCGAGUGGCAAGUGAUGCAUCGAUUUGCGGAUCAUGAGGACAGCGUCUUGUCAGCAGUGGUAUUGGAUGAUGCGAGGGUGGCCACUGGAUCCAGAGAUUGUACGCUAAGGAUAUGGAAUCCAGAAACAGGGCAUGUGUUGCAUGUAUUACGAGGACACAGGGAACCUAUCAAUGCCAUCAAACGUGUCGAUGCUCAGCGUCUUGCAUCCGCCUCAGGUGAUGGUACAAUCCGAAUUUGGUGCACACAAACAGGCGAAUGUUUACACAACUUCCAAGGUGACAUUGGUGGUCUUUCAUGCUUGGAAGUAGUGCCAAAAGGAAGCAGGAAAUGGUGUAUUUGGGCAUGUGGAUUGCAAAAGAAUAUCCAAAUUUGGACAAUAGAGGAGGAUGAAAAGGACCAUCAUCAUCAUGUCAUCACCAACAAAGUCAUCAACUCGGGACACACCGACGUGUUGAGAUCGAUUCAUUAUCAUGGGGGUCGCAUUGUCACAGCUGGCUAUGAUAAAGUUAUCAAGGUGUGGGAUGCUCAAACAUCGAAAUGCACGUUGAGCUUUCAAAGCGGACAUGAAGGCAAGAUUUUUUCGGUAUUGACGAACCAUACGUCCAUCAUCAGUGCUGGUCAUGAUAGGCGUAUCAUGGUACUGGAUUUUGCAAAAGGACUAUCAUCAUCGGAGCUCAUGUAG